AAGAGAUAUUAUAAAGAGCGGCUUCGGCUAUUGUCGAGGAUUCAGUCAACAUGUUCCGCUGGGCAGGGAAGGUAGCGCUCGUCACUGGAGCCAGUUCUGGAAUCGGGGCCUCCAUCGUUAAGGACCUCGCGAAGCAGGGUGUGAUCACCGUCGCAGUCGCUAGGAGACUCGACAGGAUUCAGGAAUUGGCGAAUGAAGUAAAAAGUGAGCCUGGAAAAGUCUACCCUCUUAAAGCAGAUCUGACUAAUGAACAAGACAUCGUCAAUGCAUUCGAUUGGGUCGAGAAGACCUUGAAGAAACCUGUCCACGUUUUGGUCAACAAUGCUGGAGUUUCCGUCCUGAGAAACACCAUCGACGCGAAAAUGGACGAAUGGAAAAAAAUGUUCGACACAAAUGUCUAUGCUGUUGGCAUCUGCAUCAGGGAGCAACUGAAGUCGAUGAAAAAUCACAAUGUCAACGAUGGACAUAUCAUCAAUAUUUGCAGUAUCGUCGGACACAGGAUUAUCGAUUUCCCAGGAUUCUACGUCUACACGGCAACCAAACACGCCGUCAAAGUUAUAACGGAAGGCGUGAGGCAGGAAUUGCUGAAAGAGCAAUCACACACUAAAGUUACGAGCAUAAGCCCUGGGUACGUGGCAACUGAACUUUUCGAUCAAGCUGGUGAGUACAGCGCUGCCAGCGAAGAAGCACUGAAUACAUUGUCGCACCUCCAGAGUUCAGAUAUAUCGAACGCAGUAAUUUAUGCCUUAAGUCUACCACAGAAUGUCAGGAUUCACGAACUGACGAUCCAAGCGACUGGAGAAAAAUUCUAAUCACUCCACUCUUAUAAUAUCAAUAAACUAAAUAAAUAUUUAAGGUAUUUCCUUUAAAUUAGUGAUUAUCUUAUUAUUAUCCUAAAUAAAAAUACAGAUAAUAAUAAUUAUCUUAUAGAAUAAAAUAAUAUUAUUUCAAAUGAUAGUCGAAAUAUUAUUUGAUUGUAUCUCCACAAAAAUCUGUACAAAAAAAUAUAACAGAAACUUCAACUUUCUUUUGUAAUGAGAAAUAUCAAUUUCAUAAUGUAAAAGAUUUACUUUUAAUAUUAAUUGUUUUAUCACUAUUUGUGUAUUUUAAAUUAUUAUUGAAUACAUGUUAUUUUAUUUUCAAUAAAAAAUAUAUAAUUAAAUAUGUU